AUGGGGAAGGGGAAUGUGAAUGUUUGCUAUUUCUGCUGUUCCAAUCUCAUUUCAGAAGAGGAGGAAGGGGAUGAGGAGGAGGAGGACGAGGAGAUAGAUGUGGUUACCGGGAAAAAGAGGGAGUCUGUGAAGCAGUGCAGCUCCAUCUCAGUGGAGACGAGGUGUCCCAGCCUCCUCGUGUUGAAGAGGUGCCAGGUCUACCACCACUAUAAUUAUGCCGCCCACCCAUCCACGAGGUGGGAGCUGCCGGCUGUCAAGAUGCUGAAGCUGGAGAGUGUCGGCAGCCACAGCAGGGUCUUCGAACAGAUCAGCAGCAAUCGCAAGUGUUCCAAUCCCCAGACGUCAGAUACGGAAGACUACAACAAGAGAAUGACUCGUACAGUGCAUGAGGGUUGGAGGUGGAAUGAUCGCAAGUCAAUCUUGUGCGCCCUGCAAGAUGAGAUGCCGGAGGUGGCCAACGAUGAGAAGGCAGCCCAGGUGGUCAUCCUGGAGAAGGCCAGGGAGUGCAUUCACAGCAUGCAGUCGGACGAGCAGAGUAUCCUCUCAUUGAAAGAGCAGCUGAGGAGGAAAAGUGAACUCUUAAGACAGAGACUUGCACAGUUGCAGAGUUCCCGUGUUUAA